AUGGCGACUGCGACAAGGACACUCUCGACGAAGGAGGCCGACAUACAGAUGAUGUUGGCAGCUGAAGUCCACCUUGGCACCAAAAACUGUGACUUCCAGAUGGAACGUUACGUCUUCAAGCGCCGCAAUGACGGAAUUUAUAUUAUUAACCUUGGUAAAACGUGGGAAAAGCUUAUGAUGGCUGCAAGGGUUAUUGUUGCUAUUGAGAAUCCUCAAGACAUCAUCGUUCAGUCCGCCAGACCAUAUGGUCACAGACACCCUCGACUCAACACAUCUCAUCCCAAAUCACUGCACAACCACCGUACCAGCACAACCUCCAACGCCGCCGCCGCCACCCAAAUUACACUACAAACCGCCACCACAAAGCAAAUACCAGCAUAA